AAUCUCACCCCUGUCUGUGUAUUGUCAGUGCGUCGAUGGUAGAUUUUGCCGAUUAAAAUUAUCCUAGAUUUGUGAAACAUAUUUAUAUAGACCGGUUUAAAAUGUUUAAUUGUGCAAAGGAUAAUUUCAGCAAUCUUGAUUUGAACAUUCAGGAUGGCGGAGCUUAUGAUUUUCAGUACACCUUGGAUGUUCCAUUAUAGCAAACAAAACAAAAAUCUGUAGAAAUGAUAACGGAAGAAAAUAAUGGAAUAAAAUCAGAUACAAGACCUGCAAGCCAUCUUCUAUGUCAGGACAACUGGAAGUGGGAUGAAAAACAUCGUAGUCAUGAGGUCAAACUAAAGGGGACAAAUUUGCAAACAGCUUUGUUUCACCCAGAUUGGAGCAAUGGUACGGCUGCAGUGAUGGGUACCAGAGUACUGAACGGUGGCAGAUAUUACUGGGAAUUGAUAUUAAGUAAACGAAUAUUUGGAACCAGUAUGAUGUUUGGAAUAGGAACAAGAAAGACCAGCUUGCAUCUUCAAGGAUUUUUCAAUCUUUUGGGAUGGGAUGAAAAUAGUUGGGGCUUAUCUCACAAAGGUUUGCUCUGGCAUAGGCGUGAAUGGUUCGAAUAUACGAACGCCUUUAGGGAGAAUGUUACUACGACAGUGGGACUAUAUUUCGAUGGAUUAGCAGGCACUUUAACAUACUACAAGGACGGCAAAUGCCUGGGCGUUGCCUUCAGAGACUUGCAUCUCAUUAAGGAACCGCUUUAUCCAAUCAUCUCCUCGACAGCGGCCAUGACGGAGAUGAUCCUGAUCAACACCAGACGCGACUUCAUCAAUUUGCAGGACAGGUGUCGCGCGGUGAUAGUACGAAACCUCAAACGCAAGCAGGACUUGAAGGAGCUGUAUUUACCGCGCAGGAUCGAGACUUAUUUAGCCGAGGCUCUUGAUGAGAGAUCGGGUGAUUUUGGUCAGGCGAACGACCAUUUUGGCUACAUUAAAACCUAGUAGCGUUAAGCACUUUGAAGAUAUUAUUUUCCACUUGGCGAAAAAUAGAUGGGUAAUGUAACAAUUUUGUGAUUUUUAUUUGUCAGGUUAUCUGUAACUGUAAUAGAAUUCUGAUUAGUACAAUAAUGGUAUCUUUGUAGAUAUAUAAAGAGA